UGGUCUCAGCCGGAAUCACACGCUCUUCUCCACUUCUACGUGCUUUAUUAAAAAUGUCCUGAAUUUGCAGCGAACGUGCUGAAUCCUUGUCACAAGCGAAAAUGUGUGCAAGAAGGACACCAGAGUACAAGGAGGAACUUUGUGGACCAAAAGAGGAGAAUGAGCCACAACAUCAACUACUGGACGCUAUAUUCAAUCUGCAGCCUCGACUUGUGCUGCACAGAGCAGACAUCAGUCAAGAUCUUCGUCCUGAGUGGCUGAAGCCAGACUCCUCUCACAUUAAAGAGGAAGAGGAGGACAAAGAGGUUUGUCACAUUAAAGAGGAAGAAGACUUGAAGCCCCGCCACAUCAAAGAGGAGGAGGCAGAGUUCCUCCACGUUAAGCAGGAAGAAAUCAUUAAGGUUCCUGUGACUGGUGUGUCUUUGAAGAGUGAAGAUGAAGGUCAAACUGAGGAGAACAGAGGGGCGCAGCCUCCAAGCAGCAGCUCAAGUCAACACAUGACAACGGAAGGUGAUGGAGAUCACUGUGAAGAAUUACAAGCAGACGGCCUCUUAGCUCCACUAUCAGAUAGUGACGACAUGACGUCACACUCUCCUCACACUGAUGAUGAUGAUAAUGAUAAACAGUUUGAAGGUGAUAAGACAUGUCACCCUGACAAAAAGGGGUGUAAAUGUUCUCAGUGUAGGAAAACCUUUUAUUCUAAGGGUCAGUUGAAAGAACACAUGAGAACACACACUGGUGAGAAACCUUUUGCCUGCACAGUUUGUGGCCAAAGAUUCUCUCAGAAGGUCAUCUUAAGUCGUCACACAAGAACACACACUGUGAAGAAAUAUUUUACCUGUUCAGUUUGCGGUCAAAGAUUCACCAAGAAGGGCAACUUGACAAGUCACACAAGAACCCACAAUGGUGAGAAACCUUUUGCCUGCUCAGUUUGCGGUCAAACAUUCUCAGCAGAGGCAAACUUAAAAGUACACACAAGAACCCACACUGGUGAUAAACCUUUUGCCUGCUCAGAUUGUGGUCAAAGGUUCUCUAUUAAGGGAACCUUAAAAAAACACACAAGAACACACACUGGUGAGAAACCUUUUUCCUGCUCAGUUUGUGGCCAAAGAUUCUCUCAGAAGGGAACCUUAAAAAGUCACACAAGAACACACACGGGUGAGAAACCUUUUUCCUGCUUAAUUUGUGACCAAAGAUUCUCUCAGAAGGGAACCUUAAAAAGCCACACAAGGACACACACUGGUGAGAAACCAUUUGCCUGUGCAGAAUGUGGUCAAAGAUUCUCCGAAAAAGGAAGCUUAAAAACACACACAAGAACACACACUGGAGAAAAAGCUUUUCCCUGCUCAGUUUGUAGUAAAAGAUUCUCUCAUAAGGUACUCUUAAGAAGUCACACAAGAACACACACUGGUGAGAAACCUUUUACCUGCGCAGUAUGUGGUCAAAGAUUCUCUGCGAAUGGAACCUUAAAAAAACACACAAGAACACAUACUGGUGAGAAACCUUUUUCCUGCUCAGUUUGUGGCCAAAGAUUCUCUCAGAAGGAAACGAUGAAACGUCACACAAGAACACACACUGGGGAGAAACCUUUUGUGUGCUUAGUUUGUGGAAAAACAUUCUCGACUAAGGCAGACUUGAAAAGACACACAAGAACACACACUGGUGAGAAACCUUUUUCCUGCUUAGUUUGUGGGCAAAGAUUCUCUCAGAAGGGAACCUUAAAAAGUCACACAAGAACACACACUGGUGAGAAACCAUUUGCCUGCGCAGAUUGCAAUCAAAGAUUCUCUCGACACCACUAUUUUAAGAAACACAAGUGUGUUGGUAAGAAUAGCAGUGAUCAAUAAAGUUUUCACCUCUAAUGCGAGCAGGCUUCGUCACUUCAUGCACCAAGAAUGAUUGUAUUCUAUGUACCUUCUUAAUGGACCUUGUUGAUGGUGAGAACAUUGGGACUUAUUCCAUAGUUCUGAACUUAAAAAUGUCUGCUCCAAAAUUGGCUCAGUAGUAGUUUUAGGCUUAUUUUCUGAUGAAAUAUUUGAUUUUCAGCCAGAUUUUGGCCCACCUACAUUUUGAACACAUCAGCUUGCUGAUCCUCCUAUCAUUUUAAUGAUUUUUGUGGUGCUAGCUGUUGUUCAUAGUCGUCGUUCGUAUGAUACGUAUGAUAGUGAGAGAUUAAUAGUGAUUAUGAUUAAUCGUCUAGUGAUCAUAAAACAAUAGAACCGUACUUCAAAGGGUCAUGCGCGGUCACCUAAAUCAUGUGAUGAGGCGUAAUUGAUGGACGUGUUCAGACAUAUCAGCUGAGAAUGCAGCCAUAUCAGAACGUCCAUCGUCUGAGUGGGUUAAGACUUCAAAUCUAAAAAUUGUAACUACAAUUUAUCUUUUGUGUAUUUAUGAUUGCGUUACUAGAUGAAAAUAAAAAGCAGUAGCGAUGAAGUAUGCUAUGGAUCAGGAGCUGUCUUUAUAAACCUCUAAGCCAUCACAAAUGUGUACUCAAAACUAAAGGUACACUAAAAAUUUAGAUUUCUCUGUUAAUUGAAUACAGCAUUCAAAUACUAAAAAAAAAAAAAAUGCACCAACAAAAAUGGGGCAUCUCAACAAAAUAUAGAAUUUUUUUUUGUGUUUAUGCAGUAAUAUGAUAAGUCAGUCAAACAAUGAUAUAGUUUUGCAGUCAUAACGGCUCUCUGCUUUUAACUUUAAAGGUAUAUGAUACCGAUUCCGCGCAUUCACUCAUAAGUUCCAUAAAGGCACUACAGAAAGUCCUCGAUUUACGAACGAGUUCCGUUCCUACGCUGGCGACGUAGGACCAAUUUCCGCGUAAGUCGGAUUUCAUCGUUAAAGUCAAAACUUACGGCGAAAUACUUCUGUUACGGGUAUUGUCCCACGUGAUUGUGACAGCAAGCUCAGUGUGUGUGGGCGUGUGCGUCGACGUGUGAGUGAGACGGACUGUGAAGGAGGAAGGAGUGUGCGCCGGUGCGAGUGUGUACAGUAGCAAGUGUAGUGACGGCGACCGGGGAAGAGUAGCGAUUAGCGGAGAACCCGUUGACGUCGAAUGUGCAGAGGAGCUAAUAAAGCCAUUAAAGCAGCAAAUCGGUGUUUCGUGCCUUUAUUGUUGCCGCCACCCAGCUCAGCUGUGCAAUGAGAGAAGGGAGUUAACCCCUGCGUCUCCCGACCACGGUCAGGUGACCGUAGCAGGAAAGGUUAACACUUCGUUAAAAGAAACUAAAAUACAUUAAAAUUAAAAAAUAAGAUGCUGUACUUACCAUUACUGCUGAGAGUGUGAAAAAAGGAAAAGAUACUCCCGCCGCACAAACACAGACAAGCACUAUGUACUAGCUCAGCAGAAACACUACGGUGCUGGGGACAAAAUGGCGGACGAGGCACGGGCGUCGUAAAGUCGAAACGUCGUAGGUCGAGUACGUCGUAACUCGAGGACUUCCUGUAUAGGCUUGAAUUGUUGGGUAAAAAAUAAGAACACGAUUUGACUGUUACUUGGGGUCAAAUAUCUAGACUGUCGAACUAUUGUUCUGCUGUGGUUUGCACCCCUCUUCCCCUUGUCCAUGUCCCUGUCUGACCUCACGAAGGGGCUAUAGUUUCUGCUAAAAGCCGAAUUUCCUGACCAGACAUGUUAGAACAUGUUUGUGUGUGACCCCCACCCCCUCCUCCCACUGAGGACAUGUCAGAGGAGUUGGAGGCCAAAACAAAAAAAGCAAAUAAAUGAGGCAAUUUUAAUCUUAAAUUUGUCCAUCAACAUGUACUUGAGGGGUGUAAAUAAAUGUUUUUCUACGUGAAGAAUUUUUUUUUUUUUUUUUUUUGCCUUAUUGUACUCGUCAGUCUUCCAGAUUGCUUUGUUUUGGGGGGGGUGUGGGGUCACUUUUUUCAUGCAUGUUUGCAAAUCAUUUGAUGUCAUGGGUCAUCAAUGACUAGAAGGCCAUUCUACUAAUCUCUAUUGUGCAAUGAUACUGUAUAUGACAGCAGGUGUCUGGAAACGCAAGCAAGCUGUUUUUUUUGUUACUAUUAUUUUUAUUUCCUGGAAUGUUGGUUGAAACUUUUGGUCUUUAAAUAUACACAAUGUUUAAUUCUUUUUUGUUUUACAGUAAACUUUAACAGUG